AGUAGCAACUCUAGGUGUCUCUAGAGAAUUACGAUAUUAUGCGAAAGAAAGGUGAAGAUAACGAGACGUUACAGGACUUUAAAGUUAAAUCUACGAGGUUUCCUGUAAGAUUGGACGAUGUGGCUUAAUAUUCUUUUUCCAUUUGUUUUCUAAAAGCAAAGGGAAAGAGAUGGUAGACAAAGAUUCGACUUUACGAAAGGAAUGUAUUAUUUCACAAGAGUUUCAUUGACUGAGUCAAACGAAAUGAGUCACGCUUUUAGACGCUUUCGAGGUAAUUAAUUAAUCGUGGCAUUCCGCGUCUAAACGUCUCCUGUCUUUAAACCUUACCUCGGGUUGGGAACUUUUCAAACUUAGGGAACGGACGUUGUGAAGCAUCCUUGGAAAAACUGGACUCCCCUUAUCUUGUGGCAUUUAUCUUUGUAUAGGACAAACGAACACUGAGUCAUCACUGAGCAAAGUAGGCCUCUUGCCAUGACAUUACGCGCGUAUACUAGGAGAGAAAAAAAAAAGAAAAGUUAGUGGGCUCGAGUUCAAUCGGUCGAACGUGGAUUCUUUUCUUGCCAAAUUUCGGGACCGCAUUGCGGAUGCACGCGGAUGUACUUUGCCACUAGGACGGUCGUCGAUUUCAUUCAAAGGACAAUUCUCAAACGUCUAAUUAACUGGUGCAUUCGAUUAAGCUAAGAAAUGAAAUAAAAUUAGACAAUUUGACAAGAUCGAGCAACCAAGGAGAAUACUUGAUAUAUAUAAUUGAGCAUCUCUCGCGAAGCUAUUGGAGUGUGUAGGAUCGAUCGAAACGCAUCAAGAUCGAAUUCGCGUCACGAACACGUGUCCUGCAAAGAUAAUGGUCGAAACCUGCUCUCGUGACGCAAUCUACCUACGCCAAGUGAUCGUACGAGCGUAAAUCGGUAUUCAAGUUUCUCCCCUUUAGCGUCAUAUGCUAUAAUUAUCUCUCGACAAUAUAGCUAUAUUUAUUUAACAAAUAAUAAAAUACUAAAGACAAAACUAUCGGAAAAUAAGGAUCUCUUAUCGAACGAUCGCUCACGCACGUGUAUGUGUGUGUGUGUGUGUGUGAGUGACCAAUUAAGAAAAAAUUCUCCAUUGAAAGUUGGCGUAUCGAACAUAUACGGACAGCUGAUCAAUCGACUCGUUUAGAAGAAGGUCGUUGCUCAAUCGCUUCAAAUAUGGCACGAUAAGAACUUUGUAUCAGCGCUAACGAUAAAGUACGCUUUUCUUUUUGAUUCUUUUCCCCGACAUCAGCGGAUAUCUCUUAGUCUAUCGUUAAUUAACGUUGCUCGUACGUGCAACGUCUAGAAAAAUUCUAGCAAAUCGAUUUCGUCUCUAUAACAAGGGAUUCUUCCUAAAAACCUUUCUAAUUGUAAGUAACAAUUAAAUCGCAACGAAACAAUGUACGAACCCCACCACGAACCCCACCUACCUACCUUUCUUCUAUCUCUAUCCUAUCUAUGUAUCCUAUCGAUGUAUCUCUCGAACGAACAUCGUCGAAUCUCCGCUUAUCUUUCGACGUUUGACACGAAUGUGAAACGUCAGUCGCAUCUCCGAUAACAACGGCCCUGUCAAUAGGGAAAAUUCAUGGGAAAUUCUGUGGACGUAGUUUCUGGGAUAGAACAAAAGGUACUUUCUGAUAGAAUGCAUCGAAAGGAAAGGCAAGAUCGAGCUGGCAGAACGAGGCGAUGAGAGCUCUGAAUGGAGUCCGAGGAAGCUUCGGAGCCCCCUGGGGCUCGAACGUCGUCGUACGUGCCAACGUCGUCAGGGUUCGACCUGAUCCGCCGAUUUUCAAAGCAAACGUGAGCCAAAGAAGAUAGAAGAGAGGAAGGUGCAUAUAAAUAUAUAUACAUAUAUAUCGCAGUGUUCGAUUUGGAAAGAAAAUAAACGGACGGAUAAGCCUAUUAUACGUAUAGAAAUACUUAAGAUAGAUAGACAAAUUGACGCAUGAUAAAACGGCCUUAGAAAGUGUUUUCCUUUCGCUGACAACGACGCUGAAGGAAUAAGGGGACGCGGUAAGAAUCGAAUUAAUAUGACGUCGGAUCUAAUUUCGUUGAUCGGUGAAUGCGCAGCUACCGCGUGGGAGAGAGAAAGUCAUAGAAAAGAAAGACAACGCGCCUCCUCACACGAGAAAAAUAGCAGGUUCGUAGUGGAGCCAACGUAGAAAAAGAGUCUUGGGAAGAUUGAAAAUCGCGUAAACAACGUAAGCGAUCAAAAGGAAGAAGGAAAAAUGGCGGCGCCGGUGAUAGAGAAAAAGCGAUUCUUUUGUCGCGAGUGGGCGUUCAUGAAGCUAGCCCAUUGUUUGGAACAACGGCCCACAUCGAAAACCUGUGGCACGUUGGUUCUUGGCGGUCCAGGAAGCGGAAAAACAGCUUUCUGUGCCGAGCUCGCGUGGCCCUCGAACGGUUCCAACGCGAGACAUCAAAGGGCUUUGAAUCGUCGUCUUUUGGCAAGGCAUUUUUGUCAAGCCAGAAGCGAAGCGUCCCUUUCGCCGGCCCAAUUCGUUAGAUCUUUGGUGGCACAAUUACUUCAAGCCAGUUCCGAUGGUAUUCGUCGCACCGCUCCGGAUUCUCCGACGACGACGGUGAACGCGGCGGCUAAUUCUACAACAGCAACAACAACGACCGGGACUACGACUACCACUACGACGACGACGACGACGACGACAACCACCACGACGACAACUACGACGAACAAUCCAACGACAAACAACCCAACAACAACUAUAACCUUAACCUCGAGAGAGGCUGUAGCUGAGGCCUAUGCCGAAAAAUUGAGAACGGAUCCAGAGAUUCAAGGUGCUUUGGAACCCGACGUCCUUGAUCGUGAUCCGGACGACGCGUUGAAAAAGGCGUUGCUCUUUCCUCUUCUAGAGGUAGAACCUCCCAAAAGUUGCCUCUUCGUCAUGGUGGACUCCAUUGACGAGGGCCAAAUGCUGAAUCCUCCUCAAACUGGUACCAGAGAUUCUAGAAGAGAAAACGAUAACGUCAGUCGUACCAUCGCCGAACUACUUGCCAAUCAUCAUCACCUCUUUCCGCAAUGGUUGCUUCUAGUAUGUACAGCGCGACGUCAUAGCAAGACCAUCUCGCGUAUGUUUGCCGGAUUUCGUAAGAUAUGUUUGGACGAUUUGAAAAAGUCUCAAGUGGUCAGGGACGUCCAGCAGUAUAUACUCGAACGUUUGGAUCAAGAGGAUACUCUCAGGUGGGUGGGUGCCGCCUUUGGCAGGCAACACAUCUCUCGCGAUACAGCGGAGAUGUUGAAUCAGCUACACAUCAAAAGUAACGGCUGCUUUUUGUACCUGGAAAAAGUGUUGGACGGUGUAGCCGAGAACUUUAUCGUUCUUCGAGAAGUUAGAGAAAUACCGGGAACAUUAAACGGUCUUUAUCUCUGGUUGUGUCAAAGGCUCUUUAGUAGAAAACAGUUCGCCAAAGUGCAACCCCUGUUGAACGUCAUUCUUGCCGCUAAAUUGCCCAUCACGCAAGAGAUACUUUUCAAAUGUGUAAGAACAGCGUGCGUUAACAUCACCGUCGAAGACUUCAAUCGUCGUUUGCAUCUCUUGCGAAGGGUCAUAUCGGUAUCUAGAGCCGGUGCAUUAAUGCUCUUUCAUCACAGUUUCGCCGAAUGGCUGCUAGACGUGAAACAUUGUACCCAAAAGUAUCUUUGCUCGGCCGUCGAAGGACACGCCAUGCUGGCGGCCUACUAUUCUCUUCGUGGACCCGAACUUAACCCGGAUGAGAUUUGCGUGUUGGGACAGCAUCUACAGCGAGCGAUAACGAACGUGUCGACGAGCAAUUGUACCCUAGACGUUCACACCCUUCAAGUGCUUUGGAUGAUAGGUACCGCUGCACCAAUCGAAGAAUGUUACUUGGAUAGUUCUGAAUGCAUAUUAUGGCCACGACAAGAAGUUAAACUUUUGAGGCUUCUUAUAGACGCGGGCGCUAAAUUAUCGGAAAAGAGCGUCGAGGACGAUGCCAGUAAGGACGCCGUUUCUUCUAGUCAGGUCUCGCAGGACGCGAGCCCCAUGGACGAAUCCCCGAGUGAACCAUUAACCGAGUUACUCGGUGAGAGCGGUGACAUCAAUCAAACGGACUCUUGCGGUAGAACUGUAUUGCACACGCUUGCUGCAGAUGGCAACGCGUCCUUGUUAGAACUCGCUCUUGCAGCUUGUCCGCAUGCAAAAUUGGAAGGCACGGAUCGUCACGGACAUACGCCAUUGAAUUUAGCUGCCAGACACGGUUAUGCGGACGUUGUACGAGUUCUUUUAGCUGCAGGCGCAAACUCGGACCAUGCGGAUUGUGACGGUUGGACUGCAUUGAGAGCCGCCGCAUGGGGUGGACACACUCAGGUGGUAGAACAGCUUUUGGAGUAUGGUGCGAUGGUCGAUUGCGCCGACUGGGAUCAAAGGACAGCACUAAGAGCUGCAGCCUGGGGCGGCCACGAAGAUAUCGUGAAAGCUUUGCUACAGCAUGGUGCCGAUGUCAAUAGAACCGACGACGAAGGUAGAACCGCCUUGAUCGCUGCAGCUUACAUGGGUCAUAGCGAGAUAGUGGAACAUCUUCUUGACUUUGGGGCAAAAAUCGAUCACGCGGACAGCGAUGGUAGAACGGCAUUGAGCGUUGCAGCCUUAUGUGUUCCAUCUAACCACAAUUAUGCCAAGGUCGUUACGAUACUUUUAGAAAGAGGAGCCGCGGUAGAUCAUCAAGACAAGGAUGGCAUGACACCGCUAUUGGUGGCUGCCUUCGAAGGUCAUAGAGACGUGUGCGAAUUGCUCUUGGAAUACGAAGCAGACGUGGAUCAUUGCGAUGCGACGGGAAGAACGCCUCUUUGGGCUGCAGCCAGCAUGGGUCACGGAUCUGUCGUUGCUCUCUUAUUAUUCUGGGGCUGUUACGUAGAUAGUAUAGACAACGAAGGUAGAACUGUACUGAGCGUUGCUGCCGCGCAAGGCGAUACGGAUGUUGUCAAACAAUUACUCGACAGAGGCCUUGACGAACAACACAGAGACAAUUCUGGAUGGACACCGUUGCAUUAUGCAGCCUUCGAAGGCCACAUAGACGUUUGCGAAGCAUUACUCGAGGCUGGAGCAAAGAUCGAUGAAACCGAUAACGAUGGAAAAGGUGCUCUAAUGCUUGCCGCGCAAGAAGGACACGCUUCCUUGGUAGAAAGACUCUUGGUGCAGCAUGGUGCACCUAUCGAUCAACACGCUCACGAUGGAAAAACUGCAUUAAGGCUCGCGGCUUUAGAGGGGCAUUACGACACCGUUAGAAUACUGUUAGGCUACAAAGCGGAUGUAAACGCUAAAGAUGCUGAUGGCAGGAGUACUUUGUACAUUCUUGCCUUGGAAAAUAGAUUAGCGAUGGCACGAUUUCUGUUAGAACAUGCACCCGCUGAUGUCGAAGGUAGAGAUUCCGAAGGCAGAACUCCUUUGCAUGUAAGCGCUUGGCAAGGACACGUAGAGAUGGUUGCAUUAUUGUUAACGAAAGGAAAUGCAAGCGUAAACGCGUGUGACAAUGAAAAUAGAACGCCUCUUCACUCUGCAGCGUGGCAGGGACAUGCAGCGAUCGUCAGACUACUAUUGGAACACGGGGCAACACCCGAUCAUACUUGCAAUCAAGGUGCAACGGCUUUAGGUAUUGCCGCACAAGAAGGACACGAACAUUGCGUUCGAGCUCUUUUGAAUCAUGGUGCUGACCCAAGUCAUUCGGACCACUGUGGUAGAAAUGCGAUCAAAGUUGCAGCUAAAAGCGGUCAUGACACGGUAGUAAGAUUACUCGAAGAACACGCUGCAAACCAACGAAGCUUAAAACCAACGAUCAAUGGAGGUGGUGGUGGUAGCAGCAGUGCUACUUCUAUAACGUCUAAUUCGACCGCCGAAACGAAACCUUCCUCGGCAAUAUUAAAUCCUCUCUCAACGCAAUAUAGUCCCGCGGAAUCACCAGAUUCUACCAAAAGAAGAAGUUGCGUUUCUUUGGGAAAUAAUUCGAGCAACAGCAAAUCGAGCAGCAAUUUGACUGGAAGCACUAAAAGCGAUCAAGGAAAAUUCAAUCAAAACUCUAUGGCUAAUCAAGUGAUUAAGACGCCACUAUCUUUCACCCAGCAACUUCAGCAAUGUUCAAGAGGAGCAAAGAGUCGACCACUGAGCAAAUUAUUGUCACCCUUAAAAAGUGAACCACAAAGUCCAAUUUACGCGUCACCACCUCAUUCACCCUUAAGCGACAGCCUUAUACCUUACUCCCCCACAAACACGAGUCCACCUAGUGCACAAAUAGCGGCUAACGUAAUACAGAGUCAACUCGGUGUAUCGUUAUUAACAGGAAAUCAAAAUCUACCGUACAAAUCUCAAAUUGGUGCAUAUAAUCAUCAUACGCCUGCAAUUUAUGAACCAAUCAAUAUAAAAACAGAAAUUAUCGAUAAAAAUGAUAUAACUAAACCGUUCGAAUUAACGAACGAAAUGUUAGGUUUAAAUAUCAGCGGAAAGGAUAAGAAAAAUAGUAUCGAGGAGAAAAGAACUUGUGCUGAUACGCACUUUACUCGUGAUACUCACAUGAGAAUUAUACUCGGAAACAGUGGAGCCGGCGUUGGUAGAAACGUUAAACAUACGACUGAACAUACACCUGGAAGUAUAAGUAAUAUAAAGCCAAAGCGCAACGGUUUAGUUUCCAAUCCAGCCAUGAGAUUAGUAGCAGGCGUUAGAAAUGGAAUUGAAAAUGCAACGAAUAGAAAUAAACCAAUCACUACGCGUGUAAAUGGAUUUCAAUGGAAGGCAGAAGCUCGUAAAGAAACUCCUUUGUAGGGAAAGGUUGCACACAAAACUACACCUCAGAGGAACUCUACAAAUCGUUACUAUGGGUGGCGCAUUCUUAUUACCAAGAAGAAAAAGUCAAUACAUAAAUUUUUCUCCUUUUAUUUGAGCAAAAUCAAAUUACCUCAAAUAAAAAAGUGAAGGAAAGUCGAGAAAUGUUUAAUUUAAUGCAAAGCGUAUAAAACGUUGCAUAGUACACAAAACCAAAUAUAAAACUGCAUAGUGAAGUAUGUAGUCCUAGGUAUGUAAACUUAUCAUGAUUUUGUAUAUAUAAAUGUAACGUUAAUAAAUUUCUUUACUGAUCUCACUGAUAGUUACACAUCAGUUAUAUAUAGUUAUAAU